AUGAACUUCUCCUCCAACGAUCUCAGUGCCUUGCUCAACCGUUCGUUCGGCAAAGCGUCAUCGAAGAUGCCUUGUUUGCCCAGCGCUGACAACUUCAUACAGGCUCGGCUGAGCUUAUCAAUGGAUGAUCGAAUCCUCCGGGAUCGAGGAUUGGAUUCAAGGAAGCACUUCGAUACAAUGUCGUCGAGGAAAGCACGAUGCGCCCGGACGAUGCCGUCGAAUUCGGUCGUCGAAAGCGACACCUUCUUAACCAUCUCUGCAUAUCUAACGCUUAUGACGUCUAUCGUGAAGUACUGGAUCACGGUGGACAGCCAAGCAGCCAUCCGAGCCCUCACAGCAAGGAU